AUGGAUGUACUCAGACUGGUCCUUCUUCUCCUGUGUGUCCUCCACCUGACCUUUACGGGAGCACUGAGCAAACACAUCAGAGAUCACAGAAACCUGUUCACACAGAGAGUGUGCUGCAAAAGACAGAGCCACUUUGUCUACAUCGGCCAAGACAUCUCUGGGAGUCCCGUCAGUGUGGAUGUGGGAAUGUGCAGGUCUCACUGUGGGGGGUCACCCAGGCCAUCACAUGAAGCAGGACAACAGGAAUCCUCAAAACAUUCCUCAAUGCUGGAAUUUCUCAGGAGCAAAAAACUUAGGACGGGCGGACCGGCAGUUGCAGAGAGCUCUGAUUCGCUGGGUCAGCUGCCUUCCUGCGGGCUCAACCAGGUGUGUGAGCCGACCGGGAUGCGCGUGGACCGGGUGCUUCUGUUUGAGGGAUCCCGGGAAGUGGAGGUCAUCGAGGAGUGCCACUGUGAGAUCAAACUAAGCCAGUGCAUCCGCGUCCCCGCACUGAGGACCUAUAACUCUGAGACGCCUUAUGAGACAGUCAUCGACGUGGGAGGAUGCUCAAGGUCCAAGGGCUCUCCAGAGGGAUUCUCCUGUGUCCCCACUAAGUUUGACUCAGCCUUGGUGGAAACACCCAACAAAGUGGACCUCAUCCAGACAGUGGCAGCCUGUGAGCUGAAGGAGAGCUGCUACAGGGUCCCAUAUGUGGAGUAUUACUAUGAAAUAGUCCACCAUGCGGACGGAGUCAAAGAGGAGAGACUCAAAGAAAUAGAUGUGGGCAGAUGUAUGGGAGGCUGCACUACAGGAAACCGAUGCCUUCUCAGGAGUCCAUCUGAUCCAGAAAUUUGCCACUUGUGGGCUGAAAGAAAAUCCAACUCCUGCGUUCCUCAGGGCUAUGAGAGUCACAGCUUCCUCAACCAGCAUGGGCAGAUGCGCACUGUCCUCUCCAUCACUUCCUGUCUUUGCCAAAACUGA